AUGCAGGCAGUCAAUUCGAUGGAGGAGGACACGUUAGCUGCAUUAGCAGCAAAAGCAACGGCCCGCAUGGAGGCGGAAGCUGCCGAGACCGAGAUCGCCGUUGAAGAUGAUGCCGAUGCGCAGGAGCCGCCACCGGACUUGCACAACGUCGGGCAGUCACCACUGGGUCUUGCAGUCGACGAAAUGCAGACCACGACGUUGGAUGGAAGGAAGAUGGCUCACUCACCGCUGCUCGCACAGUUACCCACGCCCGCUGGCACGCCGACCGAAUCUGGCUCCCCGUCACCUUCGCAAGCGGCAGCUGCCCAAGACGACGCCGAAGACGCUGCGGGGCUACAACUUGACAGCAGAACUGCAGCCAUGGCAGUGAACAAGGCGCGGGUUCAAGACUUGACUGUCGACACAGAUGUUGCCGUUCAUGGCCAAGAUCAACUACCAUCCUCGGGCUCUGCCGCAGUCGCUCGAUCCCAGCCCCAGUCUGCCACGGCCAAAGCUCCCACGCCCUCAAGACAGAACACUCAGGACAAUGUUCGCCGCUUGUCGGCCAGCAAAAUGCAGGAAUUGGCCGCGUCCCCCGAGUCUCUUCCCAUCGCUUCAAUCCCCGACCGCAAGCUUCCCGAACACCCGCUGUCGGCCGGAAUCGUCGAGACUGCUGCAAGACGCCCCUCCAUGGCCGAUCAGGCACGCACUCUGCUGCAGGGCUCGAUGCCUAUUGAGCGCACUACAAGGGUGGCGAUGCAGCGGGCUGGCUCGGCUUCGGCCAACGGUACCCCUCGACCUGGUCCUCCGCCCAGGACCGUCUCUACCCCGCCUAUCAACAGAAGGACAAGCUCAAGUCAGCCGCCGAACCCAGCCGCUAACCGUCGCAACUCGUUCCACCCCACACCCCGUCUGGCCCAUGGCACUACCGCAUUCCCGCCACUGGCGAACCCGAACCCAGAAGGUGGGGCCCAUAUGUCUAAAUCAACAUCGGGACAGGAGGCACAGAACCAGCAAGCGCAGGCGCAGUUGCCUUCUGAAGCAGCCGCCUUGGAUCCCCCUGUUCCUACCUCUCCGGUGAUGGCGAGCCUCCCCCUGCCGCCUCUUUCCGUACCAACUUUUUUGCAGCUUGAGCUGGCAGGACAGCGGCCGAGCCCGCUAUACAUAUAUCAGUCGUACUCGGCCGAUAUUCCGUACGAGUCAAGCGCAGUUAAACUUGCACGCCUCAAGAAUUUCCUCCUUCUUCCUGGGUUUCUCGAGCGGACCAUUUUGUUUGGGGCACUAGCUUGUGUGGACGCCUGGCUAUGGACAUUUACCAUUCUGCCGAUCCGCUUCGUCAUCGCAAUCGGCGUGCUAGCCAAGUGGUGGGUGUAUGUGGUGAUUAAAGAGGCACGUUGGUCCAUUGGAUAUGUCUGGUAUGGCAUUGGGCGGUGGUGGAGACGCGGAGCGAGGGGAAGGUCCGCCUCAAGGGCCGACGAUGGUAAAAGCUCCGCGGGGGAGGAGUCGCGUAGCCCUAGUAGGGUCCGCGAGGUUUCAGUGAGCAGCGCUAGGAGUCCUAUUCACGAAGGUGGAUUACAGCCAUCAUUGGUACCUGCCCAACCUGGAAUUCGUAUAAAUGAUACGCCCAGAACCGGCGGCUCUUCUGUGGGGGAUGGUACCAUACGUGCACGACGUCGUGGCGAAUCGAGGUCGUCGCAACAUAGCCAAGGUCGCGGUCAAGGGACGGCCUACUCAAGCCGGGGAUUCUUUCGGCAUCGGAGGACCAAGUCAACGCCCUCUGGCCUUACCUCGUUCCACAAGGCCGACAUCCUGCAGGGACUGGUCAUCGUGUUUACAUGCGUCGCUUUGAUGCACCUCGAUGCCAGUCGCAUGUAUCACUCCAUAAGAGCACAGUCCGCCAUCAAGCUCUAUGUAAUCUACAACGGCCUCGAGGUGGGCGAUCGUCUUUUAUCAGCGCUUGGACAGGACAUAUUCGAGUGCUUGUUCAGCAGCGAAGUACUGGCGCGAGACCAUCGAGGCCGCUCGAAAGUGAUGGUGCCUUUCGGCAUGUUUAUUUUGGCGCUGAUGUACAAUUUCCUUCAUUCCGUCUGCCUGUUCUACCAGGUCAUCACGCUGAACGUGGCUGUCAACUCGUACUCCAACGCGCUCUUAACGCUGCUGAUCUCGAACCAGUUUGUUGAGAUCAAGAGCAGCGUGUUCAAACGAUUUGAGAAGGAGAACGUUUUUCAGUUAACUUGUGCCGACAUUGUGGAACGCUUCCAGCUUUGGCUGAUGCUCAUGAUCAUCGCGAUGCGGAACAUCGUCGAGGUUGGCGGCUUGACCAUCCCAGGCGCCGGGACUGGAGGCGGCAUGGGUGGCAUAUCUGGCGGAGAGCCGGUUCCCAAGGUUCCGCUCCAUAGCGCGUCAAUUCUCCCAGCCAGCUUCACGGCCCUCCCAUCUUGGCUGUGGUCUGGCGAGGUGCUCUCGCCAUUUUUCAUCGUGACGGGAAGCGAGACGAUCGUAGACUGGAUCAAGCACGCGUACAUCAACAAGUUCAACAACAUCAAGCCAAACUUCCACGGGCGCGUGCUUGACAUACUCUGCAAAGACUAUUACACCAACGCCUUUGUUACGCCAUCUCUGACCCGCCGCCUGGGCCUUCCGCUGCUUCCUCUAUCAUGUCUCUUCAUCCGCGCCUCGGUCCAGACCUACCACAUGUUUUUGGCCACACACCUGCCCGCACCUCUUCCGCCCUCGACGCAGACCAGCCUGACUGUCGAAUCAAGCUCGUCGGCCGCCACGCCGAGCAGCCAGGCAGUGGCGGCUUCACUGGAGCGGCUCGACGGGAUCAUCAGAAAUGCACUCGGUAGGGCGGUGCACGGGAUGCCAUAUGUUGCUGCCAACACGACGACGGAGCCGCCACCGAUGAUGGCGACGAACAGUAACAUGACCGAUUUCCCAUAUCGAAUCUUUAUGAGCUGGACGACGGAUGACGCCAUCGCACUGGUCACGAUGCUGACCGUCUUCUUCCUCGCUUUCCUCGUUUUGCUGGUGCUCAAGUUGGUCCUGGGCAUGACUUUGCUGCGGUACUCGCGCGGGCGGUACGCAGCCAUGAGGCGGCGCGAGCACGCCGUCUCUUCGGGAAAGCAGGAGCCAGAGCAGUUCGACCAGCCAGGCAGCAAGCGGGUCGGCGGGUACGGCCAUGUGGAGGUGGGGGAAGAUCGGCGCGCGUGGCUCUACGACGACGACCCCGAGGGUUUGAAAAAGGCGCAAGCAGCAGAUAAGAGAAACGCUGGCAAGAGGGAGAAGAGCGAAAAGGAUCUUGGAAGAAUCAGCCGGUACGAGAUGGUAGCAAAGAGGAUUUGGUGA